CGACAGUUAAGACACUGUUAUACGAAAACUGAUACGCGUGACGGUUUCUUUUUAUUUUGCUAGCAGAAACAGUGAGUACAAAUGAAACUAUUUUUGUAGGAAUAUUAAGACUUAACAAUUUAAGAGGGUUGUACGUUACUUCAUUAACUUACCGUAAUUAAUUUAUAUGUACUGAAGAUUAAAUGUCAAGAGAGGAUGUUCCUUUGUUAGUAAAUUCUCUCAUGGUUGAUUUCAGACAAUGGAGAAAUGCUGGCUAUGCACUCGAGUGUUUUAUAAUGUCACGGAACUCAAGGCACAUCUUGUCUCUAGCGCACAUAGGCGUCAAUCUGUUGUGUGUCCCUGGUGCUUUAGGGAAGAGCGUACUUUCACCAGAGUAAACGAUCUGUAUGUUCACUGCAAACAGAGACACUUUGCAGCUACCAACCACGUACCAAAGAAUGUCUUUGGUGUAGCUGCAGGAUUUUACAUGGCAAUCUACCCAGUGGACUAUGCAAAAAUUGUAACACCAUCUCCAUGGGACUCCACAGAAGGUAUGGAGGUACGGCGCAUCAUGAGCAAGUGGAUUCAUUCCUUAGUAGAACCAGCUGUAAAAAGUAGAAAUUGGAGGAGGGGUUGGAGGAACGGUCUGAAAGAGAAAGUGUUAGGAACGAUGAAGCAAGAAAGUAAAAAGGAGAAGUCGGUCGAGAAACAAACCAGUAAGGAAAGUAAAAGUGAGAAGUCGUCUGAGAAAAAGCCUAGAAAGGAGAGUAAGAAGGAGAAGUCUGAAGAGAAACUAGUCAAAGAAGUAAUUAGAAAUGUAGAAAAGAAAAGUGUGCAAGAAAGCUAUGAUGGCGUACUAGACUUGAGUGUUAAGAAAAGAAAAAGGAUACAGAUUUUAAGUGAAAGCGACAGUGAGGACAGUGAUAGUGAAACUAAAAGAAAUGAUGAUGAGGGAAAAUUGUGUAAGGGAAAAGAAGGCAGUAGAGAUAAGACUAGUAAGCAUGAAAGAAAAAAGUUAAAAAGUGGUGAUGAAAAUAAGGCAGUAGUUAAGAAUAACAAGGAUGAAAAGAUUGCAGAGAAGAAAACUGAGAAUAAGUCUGAGGAAAAAGAUAAUGAGAAAAGAGUGAAGGAACGUGAAGUGGGAAGUAAGCAUCAGAAUGAAGAGAAACAGCAGAAAAAUGAAGACAGUGACGAUAAAUGUAAGGAGACCACAGGAAGAGUUAAUGUGGACAUUGAAAUUGGAGGAGAGAAGAAGGCUUUACAAGAAGAAAUAGAGGAAAGUAAUCAAGGAAAUGUAAGUGAAGAAGUAAAGGAAAAAGGUGGAAAUGAAGGUAGUUUCAAUAAGGUGAUAGAUGAUGAAGGAAAUAAGCCAGAGUUGACUGAUGAGAGUAAAAAGGACGAUAAAAGAAAAGACCUGGACGAAUAUGUAAAAGAGUUGUGGGCGUUAGAUAGUGCAUAUGGAAAAGGAAACCAAAUGGAACUGAAUGUAAAUGAAAAAGGGGACUGUCAAGAAAAUGUAAAUGAUGAGAACAAGAUUGAUGAAAAGAAUGAAAACAUAUCAGACAAGACAGAUGAAUGUAUAAAAACGAAAGAAAAAGAAGAUGAACCAGUAGUAAUGACAGAGGAAAAGGAAGUCCAGUUAGCUGUAGCCUCUGUACUAAAUGACUAUGACAAUAAAACAGAUGUAGACAUAAACAAUAAUGAGAAAAAGGUAGAAGACAUGAAAAAUCAAAGUGAAAUCCCUGGACAAUGUGUAACAAAACAAGAAGAAAAGGCAAAAGUCAGUAAGUCACAAUCUCAGAAUAACUUAAAAAGAAAAUUAAAGUGGGCAAGGGAUCCAUUGACGGGACAAGUAAGGAAGAUAAUAGACAAACCAUCCAAUACAUUAAACGCAGAUAUACCAAACAAGAAACAAACAUUAACAGAAGAGAAACCAAAGCCCGAGUAUACGUGUACAAAAUUAAAUCCUGGAACCGAGAUGUAUAGUCAACAGGCACGGGAACUUUUAAGCACUGGAGUGAUGCCACUGGUUCCUCCAGCUAGAAGAGACUGGAAUGGACAGAAAAUGGAGUUAGACAUUGGGGAGAAAACAUUAGAAUGGCCUCCUAGUGGUUGGUUGAAAAUGACACCAGACCGAAAGCUUCUGGCCUAGGAAUACAUAUCAAUGCUGAUUGAAGAGGCCCUCACGUGUAAACCUGUAGGCUAUAGCAUGUCCAGAUCGUACCUACUGGACAAAUACAACUUUCUGGCGUUGCCUGGAUCGGUAAAGUCAAGAGUGAGGAACACGAAAAGGCCUCUUGUAAAUCUAGGUUUUACCUGUACCAAAUGCUUAAAGAAAUUGCAAAUGGAAAGAUCCCGUCCGAUGUGGAAGUAGCACAAAUCCAGAUGAUAAACUCUAGAAAGGACCCGCAGGAUGCAUUGACCUCUUUUCUGCAGAAAAUGCAUCAAGUUCCAUUAAGGUUGAACUGAACAUGUAUAUUUAAUGAAAAGAAAGAAACGAAAUUAUAAGCUAAAAAGUGUGAUAAAGUUAAAAACAGUAAGUAAAGUGUUUGAAUGAGUGAUCCAGUCACAUGGUAUAAUGAUAUAAAAUGGCAUAAAUAGAGAAAAUAGUAUAAAUAUGUAUACAUGUAUAUAUCAAGUUUCAUUAAGAUUAAAUUGAACAGGGACAUUAAAUGAAAAGAAAGAAACAAAAUUAUAACCGAUAAAGAGUGAGAGAAAAAAAUUAAAACAGUAAGUAAAGUGUUUAAAUAAGUGAUCCAGCCACAUGGUAUAGUAAUAUAAAGUGGUAUAAAUAGAGUAAAUAGUAUAUAUAUAAAUACGUGAUGUCGUUGAGUAAAGAUAAAUGUAACUUUACAGUGAUGGUGAUAAAUUAUCAGAAAAACUAGUACAUUUGACAUAUUUUAAGUUAAUGUUGUUUUAAAUGUGUUCAAUGUUUUAAAGUUUAAUUGGGCUUGUUAUCAGUUUAAUAUAGUUUGGAAAAACAUUAGUUGUUCAAAGAGUGACUGAGAAGAUGUAACAGACUGACUUUACUUAAAAACAUGCCCUGUAUAUGGGUAAUGUGUAUGAUGAUCUUUAGAUGUUUUCCGGUUAAAGUUGUUUGAAAUAAUUACAAGUUCAUGUGUGUUAUUAAAUAUUAUUUUGCUCUACAUAUUUAUAUGUGUGCUGUUUUUAAAAUGUUUCUAAUUGCAUAUAUCAUAAUUCGGGAGAAUUAUUUUUGACAAAGGAGGGGGUAGUGCAGUAUGAGAUACCCCACCCUGCUUUAUUUAUGUGUCUAUGUGACAAUCACAAUAGAUUCUUAUUUCAUUUGUGGACAUAAACAUUUAAUGGGCUUGAAUUUAUGCUUACUAUAACUAUCAUAACGCGUACAAACAGACGGUAGAAGCAAUACAUAAAGGAAAACUCUAACCAUUAUUUUCCUUCCUGGUCGUGAAAACGGACGACAUUCAUAAUUCUUAUGCCUAUAUCAGAACUGUUAUUACUAAAAUAUGAUACUGCUGUAUCGUAACAAUACAUCUCCAUGCAUUACAUCCAUAUUUUGCAUCGCAAGUAACUCCAGUUCGUCUAAAAUCAGGGUAUUACUAACUGAUUUACAUUGAACAGACAACUGCCGAUCGGAUAUGACAAAUGCUUAUUUCUAUUAUACAAAACCGUUUCAAUCACCCGAACU